UCAACCGGUCUGGGCAAAGAGGUGGGUGUAUUCUUUCAUUUUGUUGACAUUUCAGUGUACCUGUACCUGUGUUUAUUUCCUGUAUCUGUGAACACAUAAAAGCUCCACACCACAACAGCUUUGUUCCUGUAGUUACCUACUCGUGGGACAACAUGUGCAGUCACAGUUUUCUUUUCUGUGUGGUUUUCUCUCUUUUCAGUCCAGUUUUCUCAGAUGAAGAUUAUUCACAAAUCAGAGCAUGCUGUACAUUCAGGGGUCCAGGCUUAGAAGAUGUAGAGUAUAUCAUUACAGAUACUUUUAACAAGAAAUUAAUGAUCCAGUACAACAGCACAAGAGGCAACUGGACAGGAUUCACAGCCUCUGCAAUCGGAAUAGAGCCAUCUUGGAACAGUGAUCCCGAUGACGCAAGACAAAGACAAUUUGAAAAGAAAUCACUGUGUCUUGACAUCAUAGAUUACAUCCAACAAAUAGGUAAUCUUACAGCUGUACCCACCAUCAAGCUGAAUUCAAUGAAGCACCCACCCAUGCUUGUGUGCAGUGCCUAUAACUUUUAUCCGAAACAAAUCCGAGUAAUGUGGUUGCAGAACGGGCAGGAAGUGACCUCAGGUGUCAGUUCUUCUGAAGUGAUGUCUGAUGGGGAUUGGUAUUACCAGAUUCAUUCCUACCUGGAGCACACCCCGACUACAGGAGAAAAAAUUACCUGCGUGGUCGAACACUUCACCCUCUCUGAACCAGCGCUUCACGUCUGGGACCCCUCCCUUCCUGUGCCAGAACGGAUUAAAAUUGUAGUGGGACUGUGUGGUCUGAUGCUUGGUUUUGUGAUUGUGAGCUCUGGAUUCAUCUACUACAAGAAAAAGUCUGCCGCAUUCUCCACUCUCUACCAAGAACAAGGGUCGAUUCCCGUGGAACAACUCCCUGCAGCUGGAGCAACUUAGCAGUCUGAACAAACACCAUUUUUCAGCACAUACCAUCUAUAUGAUGAUAUGAUGUGAUGGUUAUUCUCAUAAUUGUCACUAUUGGGUGUAGGGCUGAACGAUUAAUUGCAUUUUCUAAUGGCAAAGGCUGCGAUUACGUGCGACAGUAAAGCAGUCCCUUGACUUGUUGUUGUACAAUGGCUUUAAGCUUGACAGAAGCUGACACUACAGAAACUUUAGUGUCACACAGGGAAUGAAAGUGGCACCCGCCAACCGCGGGUAAAUUGGUGUUGUUGGUGGGUGAAAUCUUCUGGCCAACCGCCGCUUUGGUGGACAGGACAAAUGUACAACAGAAAGACACAUGUAGUAAGAUAAGCGUAUUGUGGUGAUCGGCGCCUGUGUCACACACACAGCCACCAGUCAGCUCAGUAACUAUCUUUGUAACGGCGUUUCAAACCAAACUCACAAGUCCCGUCUGUCCCGAGUUACAGCCUGGUUACAGCCUACUGCUUACCUGCAUCGGAGGCUGCGGGGGAGGGCGGGGGGACUCCGGUGUUGUCGGAGAAUUACUAAGCUUGUCUAUUAAAGACGAGAGGCGUCACUUGGUUUUAUUUUCGUUGGCCAACUUUUAAAUUGAACCUCAAACUGAGUGUUUUUUGAGGUUUUUGAUUAGAGAUGGACUGAGAUAAGGACCUUAAUUGGUGGUUGUGUAUAAUGUUAUA